AUGACAUCUACCAAGAAGAGAAGAAACCACGGACGAAACAAGAGUGGCCGCGGCCACGUCAACUUCGUGCGCUGCUCCAACUGCUCGCGCUGCGUCCCCAAGGACAAGGCCAUCAAGCGCUUCACCGUCCGCAACAUGGUCGAGACUGCCGCGGUUCGUGAUAUCAGCGAGGCAAGCGUUUACCAGGAGUACACCAUCCCCAAGCUCUACAUCAAAAUUGCGUACUGCGUCUCGUGCGCCAUCCACUCGCACGUCGUCCGUGUCCGCUCGCGGGUUGGCCGCCGCAACCGUGCACCCCCGCCCCGUGUCCGGUGGAAGGACGGCAAGAAGGUCAACCCCGCUGUCGCCGCGGCUGAGGAUGCGAAGGCGGCUGCAGCAAAGACUUCAUGA